AUGUCGAACUACAUCACCACCAACAACGCCGAGGGCAAGGCGGUCUUCACCGACAAGAUCCCCGCCCCACGAUACAAGAUUGACACCCCAAAUCUCACCAUCGAGUUCGUCUACACAAGCCACAAGUCGAUCCCAGACCUUUCCACCGAGAAGGACAUCGAUCAAUACGUCCACGACCGCAUCAACGGUCUUGGCCCCCGCGGAGCCAUGCCCCCGGAGGGCGUUGCUAUCGCCAUCUUGACCUGGAAAGCGAACGCCAUUGCUCCAUGGCACCGUAUCAUGACCGUCGACACCCUGUACGUUAUUGAGGGCGACAUGGAGUUCCAGCUCGACGGUGGUGAGACUCGCAUCUUGCAUGCUGGCGAUUCGGUCGUUGGCCGUGCUACUAUGCAUACUGGCAGGAACGUCACCCCCAAUGGUGGUGUUGUGAAGCUUGUUGGGUGCUCCGUGCCUGUCAUCAUGCCUGUGAUGGUUGGCGAGCAUGAGCUUCAUGCUGAGUGGAUUGAGCGGGAGUUGAAGAACUAG